AUAAACUGCGCUUCUUCAACAUGUUUCCACCGAGACGAAUGAGUGAGACUACAGCAAUGGUCGUCACCUGCACGGAGAAGAAUGGAUUGUAAGGGCAAUGUUUCACAGGUAGUACCUCCUGCUGCAAGAUGCCUCCCGCUGUGUUGGAUCCCAUGGACAUCUGGGCGGCCGAUACACAUCUCCCUUCAGAUGUCACUGUGGACAUCCUACUCCCCACUGGAAUCUAUGUGCAGAUGGUGGUACCUCGGGAUGCAUCCAUAUCGCAGAUUAAACACCUUGCAUGGAAACAUGCACAACGUUACCCCCUCUUCCAUUUGCUCCUGGAGAUUGACUCCUACAUGUUCCAGUGUGUCAAUCAGACGGCUGUUCAUGAGGAACUGGAGGAUGAGACCCGACGACUCUGUGAUGUUCGACCUUUUCUGCCAGUGCUGAAACUGGUGUCAAGAAGCUGUAACCCUGCAGAGAAGCUAGAUUCCAAAAUAGGGGUCUUAAUAGGAAAAGGUCUCCAAGAAUUUGAUGCCCUUCAAGAUAAUGAGGUCAGAGAUUUCCGUGGUAAGAUGAGAAAGAUCAGCGAGGAAAAGAUGCAGUCCAUGCUUAAUCUCAGCUGGAUGGAAUGGCUUAAAUGCACCUUCCCUCCUGAACUGGAGCCAACCAUCCAGGACAAUAUUCAGGACCGGCUGUAUGGGGGAAACCUUGUGGUGGCUAUUCACUUUGAGAACUGCCAGGAUGUAUUCAGCUUCCAAGUAUCCCCAAACAUAACCCCUCUAAAGCUGACUGAGCUGGCUAUUCGUAAGCGCCUAACCAUUCAUGGUCGUGAGAAUGAAGACGUGGAUCCCGAGGAUUAUGUGCUGCAAAUCAUUGGGAGGUUGGAGUAUGUGUUUAGUGAUCACCCGCUGAUACAGUUUCAGUACAUCAGGAACUGUGUAAUGAACAAGACUCUCCCGCGACUCACACUUGUCGAGUGCUGCAACAUUAAAAAGAUGUUUGAUCAAGAGAUGAGUGCAAUUGAGUUGGCUGUGAAAAGAAAAACCUCUGGGCCCCCUUUGCCGCUGCCUCCCAAAACACGUGGUGCCUCUAUGGUGUCUCAGAAUGUCUGGAAUUUGGUUGAACCUUACAAGUUUACACUGAUAAAGGGGAGCAAGCUUAACACGGAGGAUACAGUUGUGGUACGGGCAGGCCUGUUCCAUGGCACUGAACUGCUGUGUAAACCCAUCAUGAGCUCUGAACUGCAAGGGAAAAAUGACCAUCUAUGGAGCGAGAAGUUUGAGUUCGAGAUCAAUAUAUGUGACCUGCCACGGAUGGCACGUCUCUGUUUGGCUAUCUACAAUGUGUUAGACAAGACCAAGAACAAGAAAGGGAACAAAGCAUCCAAUCCUAAGUACCAGACCAUCAAGAAAGCCGGGAAAAUGCACUCCCCUGUGGCUUGGGUGAACACCAUGGUGUUUGAUUACAAAGGACAGCUAAAGAUGGGUGAACAUGUCCUGCACAGCUGGUCUUCAUUUCCUGAUGAUCUUGAAGAAUUGCUGAAUCCAAUGGGAACUGUCCGGACCAAUCCUUUCACUGAGAAUGCUACUGCUCUGCACAUAAAAUUCAAAGAGUACGCUAAAGUCAGUAUUUAUUACCCACUUUUUGAUAAAAUACUUGAAAAAGCUGCAGAGAUUGCACGACAAAGUGACACCCUGAGUAUGGCGGGUCGCGGAGGAAAGAAAUUUAACAUUGAGCUGAAGGAGAUCAUGGAGAGGGAUCCGCUCUGCCAGCUGUGUGAGAAUGAGAAGGAUCUGAUCUGGACCUUGCGGUACGACUGUAGAGAAAACUUCCCUUGUUCACUCCCCAAACUACUGUUGUCUGUGAAGUGGAACAAGCUGGAAGAUGUUGCCCAGCUUCAAGCACUGCUGCAGAUCUGGUCCAAACUACCCCCAAGAGAUGCCCUGGAACUGCUUGAUUUCAACUAUCCUGAUCAGUAUGUAAGAGAAUAUGCUGUCAACUGCCUAAAGAGCAUGAGUGAUGAGGAGUUAUCCCAGUACUUGUUGCAGUUGGUACAGGUUCUCAAAUAUGAGCCUUUCCUGGACUGCGCCCUGUCCCGUUUUCUGCUGCAGAGAGCCCUGGCUAACCGUAGAAUCGGACAGUUCCUGUUUUGGCAUCUGAGGGCUGAAGUUCACAUUUCUGCUGUGUCAGUGCAGUUUGGUUUGCUGCUGGAAGCCUAUUGCCGGGGCAGUGUGGGUCACAUGAAAGUGCUUUACAAACAGGUGGAGGCCCUGAACAAGCUGCGCACACUAAAUAGUCUCAUCAAGCUGAAUGCUGUAAAGCAGAGUAAGGUGAAGAACAAGGAAACAAUGCAUGCCUGUUUAAAGCAGAAUGCCUACAGGGAAGCUCUCAGUGAUAUGCAGUCACCACUCAAUCCCAGCGUCACCCUUUCUGAGCUUGUUGUGGAGAAGUGCAAAUAUAUGGAUUCAAAGAUGAAACCUCUGUGGAUUGUCUACAACAAUAAAGGCUUUGGAGGGGACUACACUGGGAUCAUCUUUAAGAAUGGAGAUGAUCUGCGUCAGGACAUGCUAACCCUUCAGUUACUACGUUUAAUGGAUAUGUUGUGGAAGGAAGCGGGGCUGGACCUCCGAAUAGUGCCUUAUGGGUGCCUGGCAACAGGUGAUCGGUGUGGAAUGAUAGAGGUAGUUUCUGCAGCUGAAACCAUUGCAGAUAUCCAACUUGACAGCAGCAAUCUUGCAGCAGCAGCGGCCUUCAACAAGGAUGCUCUACUCAACUGGAUCAAAGAGUACAAUGUUGGAGAUGACCUGGAGCGAGCAAUUGAGGAGUUCACUUUAUCCUGUGCUGGCUACUGUGUAGCUACUUAUGUUCUUGGGAUCGGUGACCGGCACAAUGACAACAUUAUGGUCAGAAAGACGGGGCAGCUGUUUCACAUUGACUUUGGUCAUAUUCUUGGGAAUUUCAAGUCCAAAUUUAAAAUUAAGAGGGAGCGUGGACCCUUCAUCCUUACCUAUGACUUCAUCCAUGUUAUCCAGCAAGGGAAACCAGGGAACACAGAAAAAUUUGGCAGAUUUCGGCAGUGUUGUGAGGACGCCUAUCUGAUCCUGCGCAGGAACGGAAACCUCAUCAUCACGCUCUUUGCACUAAUGCUGACAGCUGGACUCCCAGAGUUGAGCUCUGUGAAAGAUAUUCAAUAUGUCAAGGAUUCUCUGGCUGUGGGGAAGACGGAAGAUGAAGCACUUAAACAGUUUAAACAAAAGUUUGAUGAGGCUUUGAAAGAGAGUUGGACAACCAAAGUCAACUGGAUGGCACACACUGUGCGAAAGGAUUACAAGUCCUAGCAAAAUACCGAUAACCACUUUUGUGCCUGACAAGGCCGUCCUUAAAUUUCUGGCCCCUCUAAAGUUGCUCCUGUAGGAUGAACAAGUUGGCCAGUGGCUGCAA